CAGUCAAACAGAGAGCUCGCGCUGGCAGAGCAGUAUACAUAAAUUAUUCCUGCAGAAUUGGCAAGUCAGUGGGUGAGAUUCUUUCUUUGAGCUCUUUUCUGGGACCAAGCCGUCACAGCUGGAGUACACCUGUAUUCUCCUAACCGUCAUCCCAGUUCUCCGUUCAAUGCCUAACACUGUGGAAAGUGAAGGUGCCAACGGAUCUGCUAGAACUGAUCAAGAGGCCCCAUCACGGGCCCCGGGCAGAGAGGAUGAGCGUGAGCGCAGCUUCCUGAGCCCGUUGACGAGUGAUGCGCUGCGGGUGCGACGGGCCUCCAGCGCUGAACUGCAGCUUCCUUGGACCUGCCCUGUAACACACUCCCGAGAGAAGUUCUACACCGUCUGCUCGGACUAUGCUCUGCUCAACCGAGCCCGACCCAUCAUCACAUCUGAAGAUGCACCACCAACCAAUCCAGACACUGGGAUAUCAUUAGUCAAGACUAACACUGCAACCCCCUCCCAGUGUCACUCAGGGGGAAUAAGUGUGUCUUUAGAUGGGAACUGUGAUAUGGAGGUUGUGUCAUCCAGCAACAAGCCUGUGCUGGCCUGGGAGAUUGACACCUCUGAUUUUGAUGUGGUUUUAACCCGGAAAACCAGAACAAGUAAUUUAAAGAAAUUCAACUCUAAGAAAAUGAAAUCGUCUGACAGGCUCAGCAGAAACCUGCAAGAUCUCCCACCUCAAGCCUCUCUGGAGGAGAUCAAACAGAGAAAAGUCUUGGACCUCCGUAGAUGGUACUGCAUCAGCCGACCCCAGUAUAAAACAUCAUGUGGAAUCUCUUCACUUGUCUCUUGUUGGAACUUUCUCUACAGUACUCUAGGAGCAGGCAGUCUCCCACCUAUUUCUCAAGAAGAAGCCCUGAAUAUACUUGGUUUUCAGCCUCCGUUUGAAGAUAUCAAGUUUGGACCGUUCACUGGCAAUGCCACUCUGAUGCGAUGGUUCAGACAAAUCAACGAUAAUUUUCGUGUCCGGGGAUGCUCUUAUAUUCUGUACAAACCUCAUGGGAAGCACAAGACAGCAGGAGAGACAGCUGAGGGGGCGUUGCUGAAGCUGACGCAGGGACUCAAAGAUGAAUCCAUGGCCUACAUUUACCACUGUCAGAAUCACUAUUUCUGCCCUGUGGGCUAUGAAGCUACACCACUAAAAGCAGCCAAAGCAUACAGGGGGUCACUGCCGCUUAAUGAGAUGGAACACUGGAUUCUCAUUGGCGAACCAAGCAGGAAACACCCUGCAAUCCACUGUAAAAAAUGGGCAGAUAUUGUGACGGAUCUGAAUACUCAGAACCCAGAAUACUUGGACAUUCGUCAUACAGAGAGAGGCAUUCAGUAUCGCAAAACCAAGAAGGUUGGAGGCAAUCUGCAUUGCAUUAUGGCCUUCCAGAGAGUGAACUGGCAAAAGUUGGGACCAUGGGCACUGAAUCUAGAAAAUCUGAGGCAUGAUCUCCACCAUCAGGCUUCAGAACACAGAGGUCAAUCUGCGACAGAGGACGGUUCUGAGGAGCGAGGGGUGAAACGUCUGGGUAGGUCCCUCAGUACGGGGAACAAGACCGACAAUGCCUGGAAGCGUUUGUCCAACACCGCAGAGUACAGGCAGAGAGGCUCUCCAGACAGUGACCUGGAUGAAGACAUAACUGACUAAGUCUGAAGUCUCCAACCUUCCUCCUGAAGAGCCAAUUGGGUUUCGACAGUUUAAAACAAGAAUAUUCAUCUCUCCAGGUUGUUAGCAACAGUGAAAGGUUAGAUAUGAUAGAUGCGGUUGCAAGCCAAAUGGUGUUGUUUAGUAGAUAUGGCUGGUAACCAUAAGAAUGCUGGUUUGAUGCCCAUAAAGAAGGAACGAUAACCUCUCGUUAGGAAGGUUCUUGUAAUGCUACCUUUCUACAGCAAUGUGAAUCAAAUUGAAGGCCAAGUAUGGUAACCCAUACUCAGAAUUUGUUCUCUGCAUUUAACCCAUCCAAGUUAGUGCACACACAUUACUAGUAGUGAAUAGAUAACACGCACAACCCAUCAGGAGCAGUGGGCAGCCAUUUUUGCUAUGGCGCCCGGGGAGCGGUUGAGGGUUAGGUAUUGAGUAAGUAUCCUGGCGGUAUUGAGAA